GAGAACACGAUCAAAAAGAGUUGUGAAACGUGAGGAUUCGGCAGUAACAAACAACAGAGAUAUGGAGCGCAAAUUGCUUAUUGUUCUGUGCAUCAUCGCAACGAGUGUCGCUGUCUGCAGUGCUCUGAAAGUAAACGUGACCAACCGUCAGGCUGUUACCUUCAGGAGUGCCGGGGAUGGAAAUAUACAGCGACUACCGGAAGAAGUAGUUUCGGGAUCAUCUCACACCGAACGCAAGAAAAGAGCGGUCAUUUUCCGGCCUCUCUUCGUCUAUCGCCAGCAAGAGAUCAAGAAACAGAAACUGAAGGAAAUGCGUGAUCAGCGACAACAGCAGCAGCAGCAACCAGCCAAAACGAAUAAACAAAAUGCACCCACGCCCGUGCGAUUUUACGCCCAAAACUACCCGUACCAACAGGGAUGAGGAGAGAAUAAAGGAAAAAAAAACUGAAUCUUGCGAAUUCAUGACACACAAGAACCUCGUUAUCGUCUGCGGAUCACAGUCAGGUGGUAAAAGGAACCAAACGACGGCGGCUCUUUUGGCGAUUGCGCUGUAUUUACUAUUAAACGAAUGGAUUAUUGAAAA